AUGGAGCCGCUCCGAGCCGCUGCCCUUCUCCUGUGCUCGGUCACCUGCUGCUGGUGGGGUUUACAGUGCGUGGAGCCGGCAGCUCUGUCCCCCGCUGCUCCGGGCGCCGCCUCCUCCUCCGGGACAGCGUUCGGCGGCGCGGCGCUCCGAGCGGAUGGUACCGUGCGCUCGUUGCCGGUCCAAGGGAGCGGCCACCGGCGGACCGGCGGAGUGACUCCCCACCACUUCAUGAUGACAAUGUACAGGACUUACUCUGCAGCCGAGAAACUUGGACUAAACGCCAGUAUCUUCCGCGCUACAAAGUCUGCCAACACGAUCUCAAGUUUCGUGGACCAAGCAGAAGACGAGUCCUCACACCCGCAUUUCAAAAAGCAGAACUAUCUAUUCGACGUAGCUACGUUGUCGGACAAGGAGGAACUGGUCGGGGCCGAGCUGAGGAUUCUGAGGAAACCGGCAGAGGAUUCGGGAAAGACGCCGCCAGGCCUGUAUGACAUUGAGCUCUACUCGUGUUUCACCCGGGGAAGCUCGCCCAAGUUACUGGAGUCGAGGAGACUUGACAUGUACCACUCAAACAAACGAGCAUGGGAAGUUUUUGACGUUUGGGAGGUCUUUACGCUCCCGCACCCCGCCCAACUCUGCUUCGAAAUUAAGGUGACAUCAUGUAAAAGCAGGUUUGAGAUUGAUCUGAGGCAGGUAGGACUUGGGCGGUUCGGGCGGCCGCUCCAAGAAAGGGCGGUUCUGGUCGUUUUUACCCGAACUCGGAAAAAAGAGAACCUUUUCAGCGAGAUGAAGCAGGAAAGGAAAUCCUCGGACGGUUCGGACGAGGGGGGCAGACUGCUGUUCAAAGGCCGGAGGAAGAGGAGGACAGCCUUUGCCAAUCGUCACGGGAAGAGACACGGGAAGAGGUCCAAGUCUCGCUGCAGUAGGAAGCCUUUGCACGUGAACUUCAAAGAGCUGGGUUGGGACGACUGGAUCAUCGCACCCCUGGACUACGAAGCGUACCACUGCGAAGGGGUAUGCGACUUCCCUCUCCGAUCUCAUCUGGAACCCACGAACCACGCCAUCAUCCAAACCCUCAUGAACUCGAUGGACCCCAACUCCACUCCGCCGAGCUGCUGCGUGCCCACCAAGCUGAGCCCUAUCAGUAUUCUGUACAUCGACGCGGGUAACAACGUUGUCUAUAAACAGUACGAGGACAUGGUGGUGGAAUCGUGUGGGUGCAGGUAG